GGCAGCCAUGGAGGUGCAGGUGGCGCCGCUGCGGGCCUGGGACGACUUCUUCCCCGGCUCGGAUCGCUUCGCUCGGCCCGACUUCAAGGACAUUUCGAAAUGGAACAACCGCGUAGUCAGCAACCUGCUCUACUACCAGACGAACUACCUGAUGGUGGCCGCCGCCGUCGUCUCCAUCGUGGGGUUUCUGAGUCCCCUGAAUAUGCUUAUUGGUGGUACUGUGGUGGUGCUGGUGUUCAUGGGGUUUGUGUGGGUAUCACACAACAAGGAUAUACUCCGCAGGCUGAAGAAGCAGUACCCAACCACAUUUGUGGUGGCCAUAAUGCUGUCUAGCUACUUCUUGAUCUCCUAUCUGGGAGAUGUCAUGGUGUUCAUGUUUGGGAUCACGCUUCCGCUCCUCUUGAUGUUUGUGCAUGCUUCUCUGAGGCUCCGGAACAUAAAGAAUAAGCUGGAGAACAAGAUGGAAGGAAUAGGCUUGAAGAAGACCCCGAUGGGCAUCAUACUGGAUGCUCUAGAACAGCAAGAGGAUAGUAUCAACAAACUGGCUGAUUACAUAUCUAAAGUGAAGGAGUAAGCAGCUGCAAUAUGGCACUUUUACCUGUUGCAGGAGUGUAGUUGCUAUUUACUAUUGUUCAAGCUUGCUUUUGGUUUGUGUACAAAGCGGGAGAUGUAUGUGGUACAGAUUAAUAGUUACAGGAUACAGGUAUUCCAAGAUCUUCAGGGCUCCUCUAACAACAUAAGAGCAGCAACUUUUUUCUAUUGUAUUGCAAAAUAUUCUGGUGUUUACACAAAUAAUUACUAACUUAAAGAUGUUUGCUUCUCUCUUCUUCUGGGGGGGGGUAGGGGAGGAAGAGACUGAAACCGAUGGAAUGCAGUCUCUCAAACUGUCUUGUAGCAAAUUUGUCUAUUAAAAGUAACAUCCUUUCAUUUCAGUUCUACAAGAUGACAGUUUAGCCUGUUUAUGCUGGGUAGCACCUUCAGGCUGGCAGCGUUCAGGGUGAGCUGGAAUGUAUCAAAAGUCAGUAUCUCUUGUAUCCUCCAGAUCCCUCCCUUAAGUGGUCUGUAUUGAGACCACAUUGCUAGCUUAACUGGCAAGUAGUGAAACUGUGCAACACUUAAAAUGAAUAUGGGUUCCUGUUCUCACCUCACAUUCCUCCCUUAGCAGCUGGGAAACAGUCUAAAUAGAUGUAAGCAUGAAGAAUAUCUAUGGCACCAUGCCUCUGUCAGUUCCAGUAAAAUGCACCUUUGUUCUCUCUGAAAUCUUGAUCCAUAGUAGCAGCUCCUUUCUGCUGGAGAGCCAGAUUUCCUUGCAUACCAGCUAAACUGUGGCAGAGCACAUGAGGAAAAAAGUUUUCAGAGAUGUUCAGUGAGCUAGGUUUCUACCUUAUUGAUGUUUUUAAACACUGCUGCUUUAGGACUUACCUUGUUCUGCUUUAGUCUGCAUAGGCUGUUUUGUAGAUGGAGGUGUAUGUGUGUUCUUGAACAUGAGUCAUCUUUUUCUUUCUUCUUAACCAGAAUGCAAAGAUGUAAGUAGAACAUGACUGUACUUCUGACACUCUUCAAAGGAAUAAACUGGAUUUCAGGUUUAUGAGUAAAAGCAAUAAAUGUCAAGAUACAGUUUUUGAAAACCCAUUCUAAAUUCAUGAAAACGUUUGCC